AUGAAUGUAAUGAAGACUCUAAGUGAUGACAAUAUCAACUUCAUUGGAAUAUAUGGUAUUGGGGGCGUUGCAAAGACAACUUUGGUAAAAGAAUUUGGUAAACAAGCAAAAUCUGAUAAGCUUUUUGAUGAAGUUGUGAUGGAUGUAGUGUCUCAGAACCCGGACAUUAAAAAGAUUCAAGAUAAAAUAGGUGGCAUCUUGGCCAUAGGCAUUCCAUCUUAUCGUGAUCACAAGGGCUGCAAAAUCAUAAUCACGACACAACGUGAGCAAGUAUGCAAUUCCAUGGAAAUGGAAAGGCUGAGGACAAAGAUUCUUCAUCUAAGUGUUUUAUCUGAAAAAGAUUCAUGGGACUUGUUCAAAAAGAAUGUUGGCGAUGUUGUUGACUCUAACAAGUUGAAUAUUUUAGCUAAUGAGGUUUGUAAAGAAUGUGGAGGCUUGCCUAUAGCACUUGUUACUGUUGGAAGUGCAAUGAAAGGUAAAGAUGACCCUAAUUUAUGGAACGAUGCAGCUCGAGAAUUGAGAAAAUCAAUGCCACCAAACAUUGAAGGUGUUGAUCAACAAGUGUGCAAAAGUCUAAGGUUGAGCUAUGAUUACCUGCAAGAUGAGAAAGCCAAGGCUUGCUUCUUGCUUUAUUCUCUAUUUCCCGAGGAUCAUAACAUCUUAAUAGAAGACUUGGUACGAUAUGGGAUGGGGUUGAGGGUAUUCAAAAAAGUUGACACAAUGCUUGAAGCUAAUGGCAGAGCAAAGUCAGUGACCGACAAUCUCAUAGCUCCUUGUUUGUUAUUAGCAAGUGACAAUAAACAAGAUUGUAUCAAAAUGCAUGAUGUUGUAUGUGACGUUGCCAUAGAUAUUGGGUCCAAACAGUAUUUGGUAAGAGCUGGUUGCAAUUUGAAAGACUGGCCAAAUAUGGAUAGUUUGGAUCUAUACACUGGCAUAUCAUUGAUGAGAAACUGA